GGGAGUGAAGCCGGGGGGGAGAGGGGGAGAGAGAGAAGGGGAGACAGAGCUCACCCAUCUCGGGAGCAAGUAUUGCCUGCUUCUCCGUCGGCAUGAUGCAGCCGCCCGCUUAGAGGGAACGCGGAUCACGGAGAUCUCUCCAUCACCCUCGGGCAGAUACCGCUCCAACGGGGAGAGCAGGGCGGAGGAGAGCAGCUGGGCUGAAGGAUUGUGGAGACGGGGCCGUGCUUCCCCCCUCCAUCUCCCUGCUUAUAUAAAAAAAAAACACGAGGGCAGGGAGCCGAUGUUCGCCUGACCUCCGGGUCACAUCGAGGGAACCCGCCGUUUUACCGCAGCGGAGACCGCCUCCACCAACACUGACACAUCGCCAUUUAAACACAGUGCAGAGAGGAGAGACCAAGCGCGGUGCCUUCAACCAAACACAGACGUCUGUCUGCUCUUCCCAGAAGCUGGAGAAGGUCUGGAUUAAUUCAGAUGUUUGCCUUUCGCACUGAGACCGAACACGCCGUGUACAUCUGCAAGGACCAGAGAAGGGGGUCUCCGUGUCCCGCCGCCCAAACAGAGUGAACCCCGGCUCGGCGCCAUCGACUGAGACACGGCUAUCCCUUCACUCCCCCCGCUCAGCCCCGCCAGCCGCACCCCCGGGCCGCCAGCUCAGCCAUGGGCACCGUGCUCUCUCUGUCGCCCAGCUACAGGAAGGCGGCUCUCUUCGAGGAUGGCUCGGCCACGGUGGGCCAGUACACGGCCGUGCAGAACAGCAAGAACUCCAAGGACAAGAACCUCAAGCGACACUCCAUCAUCUCCGUGCUGCCCUGGAAACGCAUCGUGGCCGUCUCCACCAAGAAGAAGAACUCCAAGAAGGUCAACCCCAACAACUACCAGAACAACGUCACCCACCUCAACAACGAGAACUUGAAGAAAUCUCUUUCCUGCGCCAAUCUCUCCACCUUCGCCCAGACACAACCGCCGGCCCAGCGGGUCAACCAGCUGCCCGGGAACAAGAACGCCGCCUCCUCGGUGAAGAAAAACCCCCACGGCACCACCGGCGGCUCCAGCUCCCCCAAGAGGGUCAUCGUCCAAGCUUCCACCAGCGAGCUGCUCAAGUGUCUGAGCGAGUUUCUCUGUCGUAGAUGCUACCGUCUCAAGCACCUGUCGCCCACCGACCCGGUUCUGUGGCUCCGGAGUGUGGACCGUUCUCUCCUGCUCCAGGGGUGGCAGGACCAAGGCUUUGUCACGCCGGCUAACGUGGUCUUUGUUUACAUGCUGUGCCGGGACGUGAUAUCGUCGGAGCUGGCCACCACGCACGAACUGCAAGCUACCCUCUUGACCUGUCUCUACCUGUCCUACUCGUACAUGGGCAACGAGAUCUCUUACCCGCUCAAACCUUUUCUCGUGGAGAGCUGUAAAGAGGCUUUCUGGGACCGCUGUCUCAGUAUCAUCAACGCCAUGAGUGCGAAAAUGUUGCAAAUUAACGCGGAUCCUCACUUCUUCACGCAAGUCUUCGCCGACUUAAAGAACGAAAGUGGCCAGGAGGAGCGAGGUCGGAUACUGAUAGGAUUAGACCGGUGAUUGUUCGCCGGGGCCCUCAAAACGAUACAUCUAUCGAGACAGCUCGAUGCACUUGGAGUGCGCACCCUUUAUGUUCCUUUGUUCCAUUGGGGUCUAGUUCAAAAGAGAAUUAUUUCCAUGCUGCUAAAAGUGUUUUAGAACAAAUUUUUUUUAAAAACCGGUCCUGCAAAAACGGCACGUUUUCCUUUCUCUCUCUCUGUCUCUCUCUCUCUAAAUCUUUCUCUAACUCGCUCCAGUGGUAUUGUGCAUGCUAAGUAUCUCGUGUCCCUGACAUCAUCUUAGUAAAACUGACUCUCGCAGCUAGAAAGCCACAUGGCAAGAAAAAAAAAAUCCCUAAGGAAAAUAUCGAGUAUUUGGACAUUUUUUUUGGUGAGGGGGGGGGGGGGGUUAAACGUUUCAAAUAAGUAUUUAUCAACACGGAGACUUGAGGGUGGGGAGGUUUUUUUUGGUCGUUCUCGGACGCACGUGUCUGUGUUUCUCUCUGAACCAGGUGACUGCGGAGCCUGCAAGGAUGUGCCAUUGCAAGGAUGUGCCAUUGUCACGGGUGGUCUGUCAGAUAGACUUCAGCUGUACAUUCUAGAAGUGCUAAUAUAUGAAGAUGUUUCCCCCAGUGCAAUUUGUUAUUUAAAAACAAGUGAAAAUCUCUGUUGACCAAACGGUGUUAUUUGUUGUAUGUGUAUAGGGUGUGUAUGUGUGCGUGUAUGUAUGUAUGUAUGUGUGUGUGUAUGGGUGAAGUUAAGGAUAUUGGUGUCACAAUGCUGUAAACAGCGGCGGCUGUAUUUUACGUUGAAAUUUUUUUAAUUUUUAUUUAUUUUUGUACUGUGAUUAAUAAAAUGCACUGAUCAUUCAUGA